AUGCUCAUCCCGGAGGAAUGGAUUUUAGACCCUCUGAUUCAGCUGUUCGGCAUUGGCCCUAGCGGCCCAGAGAAAGGCUCGAUCGCGGCGUGGGCUCAGCGUACCUUCUUCGGAGCCGAGGUGAAGGCCGGAAGCUGGUUUUCCUUGCUUCAAAGUGCGGGAAUGAAGCCUGGUGCACCCGCUACAAAGGGCGUUCUAGUAAAUAUCCUAGGUGCAAUUGGUGCACUAGGUUCCACCGUCACGGGCAUCAUCGAUCACUGGAAGCAUGAGUAG